GUCCGACGGUGUUACGCGUUACGCGACGGCUACAUUCGGCGGCGGAAUCGUUUUGUCAUACUCUCACGGUUAAUUCAUCCAAUAUCUUUCCGCCGUCUCAAAAAUGUCGUCUUCGAAGCGGAAGCGCGACACCGAAACCACCGCGGAAGAUUGUGACGACGGUAGUGAUAAGAGCAAUACCGGAAACAGUUUCUUCGAUAUAUAUGGACCCCAAGCAAAAGCAGAACUCGAUUUCAAAAGCCCUGAUACAACAUUGAACUUACAAGAUGUUCAAGGACUUGUGACAUGGGUUCUUGCAGAAGGUUUUAUGCCUUCGUGGGUGUUUAUUAAGAACAAGCCUCUCAUUCCAAAAGUUGUAAUGCUCUACCUUCCUGGAUUGGAUGCAGCUUUGUACUUAUCACAGUCUAAAACACUGUCUAGUUUGAAAUCAUGUUGCGGUAAUCCUAUCGCGCUUUUAGCUUUGAGGUUGGUCUGUGUAGUUGAUGAGAUGAGGACUAUCGAUACGAUCCUUACUUGCAAGGGUAAAAGAAAGAAAACUGUUACUAGUUCAGUGGAACCACCUCCCCUAGUAUCUAGCCCAGAAGCAUGCACUCUGAUGGGGAAAUCGUUCAUUGAGCUCACAAAAGAUAUACCAUUCCCUGUUACUUACUAUACUCUAAGUCGAAAGGAAAUGGAACAAAAUGGAUACACUUUUGAAAAACUCGAAUUUACACCUACACUUCCUGCACCAAUAGGAUCCUGUCCCCACGAAAUCGUAGCUCUUGAUUGCGAGAUGUGUAUUACAAAGGAAGGUUUGGAGUUGACGAGAGUGACACUGGUGGAUAUCCAAGGACAGGUUCUAUUAGAUAAAUUAGUCAAGCCAACUAAUCCAAUUACUGAUUACAACACAAGGUAUAGUGGAAUAACAGCUGUGAUGAUGGAGGGAGUUACAACAACUCUUAAAGAUAUUCAGGAAGAGUUCUUAAAGCUGGUUUUCAAAGAGACCAUAUUAGUCGGACACUCCUUGGAAAAUGACUUGUUAUCUUUGAAGAUCUCUCAUAAUCUGGUGAUUGACACUGCAGUACUAUACAAGCAUCCACAUGGUAGAUCUUAUAAAACUAAACUUCAAAUUCUAGCAAAAAAGUUUCUUGCUAGAGAGAUACAGCUGUCUGAAUCCGGACAUGACAGCGUGGAGGAUGCAAAAGCAGCCAUGGAUUUGGCACUAUUGAAGAUUAAACAUGGACCUGAUUUUGGUUCACCACCGGAAAUGAUAAGAAAAAAGCUCCUCGCCAUAUUGAAUGAGAGCGGGAAAACGACUUCUAUAAUCGACAAUGUCAACAUCGUGAAGCGAUAUGCUUCUGAGUCAUCAAAUUCAAUUCCAGUUUUUUCUGACGACGAAGCACUUUCAAAGGCCGUGAAGGAGGUAAAGAACAAGCGGUCACAAUUCGUUUGGACACAGUUCUCAGAAUUGAAUGCACAUUUCCAGAGCAGAGCGGAUGAUCCACAGAAACUAAAUUCCAGACUAGCUGAGAUGAUCUCAUUGCUUACAUGUAACAAAAACUCCGGCCUUAAGAAAAGCAAUGUUUCACUUGAAACAAAGGAAGUCUUAAAGAAAAUGAACGAUAGAGUCCAAUCCCUUUACGCUGCAUUACCCACAAAUGCGAUGUUUAUAGUUUGCACCGGACACGGAGACACUUCCAUUGUACACAGAGUGCGGAAAAUGCUUAAAGAUGAGAAUGAAAUCGGAUUUGACCGUGAGAAACUUGUGAAGGUUCUUGAAGAGCUUCAAGCACAAGCCGAAGUAGCUCUCUGUUUUGUAGAUUUCUCCAUCCCUGCGGCGAAGAUGGAUUCGUUUCAGAAAUCGCUAGAACCGCCGCCGAGUUCUCCGGCGAAAUCUUCUCAAGAAUCAGCGACGGAAGUCACACCGCCGCAGAAACCACCGCUUCACCGAUUUGGUCAAAACCAAGUUCAAAAGAAUCAAUCAGAGAAGUGUCGAGUGAGCAAUCAAGAUCCAUUGGACUCAGGAAGAAAUAUUGAAGUUGAAUCGAAAGAGAAUACUCCAAAUAAACAACAGAGACAUUGCAAUUGCAAAAACUCAAAGUGUUUGAAACUGUAUUGUGAAUGCUUUGCGUCUGGAUCUUAUUGUAAUGGUUGCAACUGUUUGAAUUGUCACAACAAAUUGGAGAAUGAGUCUUCGAGGCAAGUAGCUAUCACGGCUCUCUUAGAGCGUAAUCCGGAUGCGUUUAAGCCUAAGAUUGCUGGUAGUCCUCAUGGAAUGAAAGAUUUGCAGGAGAAUGUGCGGCAAAUUCUGCUUGUUGGAAAGCAUAGCAAAGGAUGUCACUGCAAGAAAUCAGGAUGCCUCAAGAAGUACUGCGAGUGUUACCAGGCAAAUAUUCUAUGUUCGGAUAAUUGUAAAUGUCAAGAUUGCAAGAACUUUGAUGGAAGUGAAGAAAGAAAUUCUCUUCUUCAUAGAUCUCACGUCUCUGAAACUUACAUACAACAGUUGACCAAUGCUGCUGUUAACCGCGCCAUCGACAUGUCUGCUUAUCUGAACCCUCCUGAAUCAAGAAAGAGAAAGAGCAGUGACACUUCACAUUCUGUUGAAGCUAGAGGUUCAUCUGCAGUUUCAUCACACGUUGUCCAAAAUCAGAGGGUAAACAGUGUGACAAGAAAUGGAGACACUUCUCUAUUUUCACUCCCUAACAAAAAGGCGGUAUCUGGAUCUAGAACAAGUGCUUACAGGUCUUCUCUGUCAAAUGUUAUCCAACCACAUCAUGUCAGAGAGCUAUGUUCGCUUUUGGUCUCAAAAUCGGUGAAUGUAGCAAAGAAAUUGUCAGACAAAGGGAGGAAGAACGACAAAGACCCUUCACUUGAUCGAGGCCGAAUAGAUGCUAAUGAGAUCAAUGACUCUCCAGAUUGUGUCCUUGAUGCUAAUAGAAUGGACGAGAAGCCUUUAUCUCCAGCAACACUUGCAUUGAUGUGUGACGAAGAGCAUGAGAUCGGGUCAGAGAAAGAGACAUCGGCCCGAGUGAAAACAAGGAAAGAAAAAGAAGGCACAGACACAAGCUCGGUUAUUUACUUAGAACAAGAAAGACAGAUCUUGUCAAGCUUCAGGGACUAUCUCAUUCAGCUCUCAAACCGUGCGAGCUUAAAUGAGAGAAGCUUCGAUCUAAGUUUCGAAAUCAUGGCGGCGGUCGUGGAUAUUGAUGCCCUAUCGGCUCAAUCAGGGGUUAAUUGGUCUGAGGUUAAUCUCGAUUCAAUCCAACUUCCUCCUGGAAACAACUUUGGGAUCGAGAGUGAUGAUGAAGCUGUUUACCAUGAUGAUCAGUCAGAAUUCGACACUGGAUUUGGUAACAUUAUCGUGGUUGAUCACCUUCCUGUUGUUCCCAAGGAGAAGUUUGAGAAACUAGAAGGUGUUCUCAAGAAAAUUUAUAACCAGUUAGGUGUUAUUAAGGAAAAUGGACUGUGGAUGCCCGUUGAUCCCGAUACGAAGAUGACAUUGGGCUACUGUUUUAUCGAGUUCAAUACUCCUCAGGAAGCACAAAAUGCUAAGGAAAAGUCGCAUGGCUACAAGUUGGACAAGACUCACAUCUUUGCUGUUAACAUGUUUGAUGAUUUCGAUAGGUUGAUGAAUGUGAGGGAGGAGUGGGAGCCUCCUCAGGCCAGGCCCUAUGUCCCUGGGGAAAAUUUGCAAAAGUGGCUUACUGAUGAAAAAGCCCGGGACCAGCUAGUCAUUCGUUCAGGCCCUGAUACUGAAGUUUACUGGAAUGAUGCUAGGCAGAAGAAGCCUGAACCUGUUCAUAAGCGUCCUUAUUGGACAGAGAGUUAUGUGCAGUGGUCUCCUUUAGGUACAUACCUUGUGACACUUCACAAGCAGGGGGCAGCUGUUUGGGGUGGUGCUGAUACAUUCACGCGUCUCAUGCGUUAUCAGCAUUCUAUGGUCAAACUAGUUGAUUUCUCGCCAGGUGAGAGAUAUCUUGUAACUUACCAUAGCCAAGAACCAAGCAAUCCGAGAGAUGCAAGUAAAGUAGAGAUUAAGGUCUUUGAUGUGAGAACUGGGAGGAUGAUGAGAGAUUUCAAGGGUAGUGCUGAUGAGUUUUCAAUUGGAGGACCUGGUGGUGUUGCUGGUGCCUCUUGGCCUGUUUUCAGAUGGGCUGGUGGAAAAGAUGAUAAAUACUUUGCCAAGCUUAGCAAAAACACCAUCUCUGUCUAUGAGACUGAGACUUUCAGCCUAAUAGACAAGAAAUCCAUGAAGGUUGAUAAUGUUGUGGAUAUUUGCUGGUCUCCUACUGAUUCCAUCCUUUCAUUGUUUGUUCCUGAACAAGGUGGUGGAAACCAACCUGCCAAGGUUGCUCUAGUCCAAAUCCCGAGCAAGGUGGAGCUUAGGCAGAAGAAUCUCUUCAGUGUGAGCGACUGCAAGAUGUACUGGCAAAGUAGUGGAGAGUAUCUUGCUGUCAAGGUUGAUCGAUACACAAAAACUAAGAAGAGCACAUACUCUGGAUUUGAGCUUUUCCGUAUCAAAGAAAGGGAUAUUCCCAUCGAGGUUCUUGAGCUGGAUAACAAGAACGACAAGAUCAUUGCUUUUGCUUGGGAGCCCAAGGGUCACAGGUUUGCUGUGAUUCAUGGUGACCAACCAAGGCCAGAUGUCAGUUUCUACUCGAUGAAGACCGCACAAAAUACUGGAAGGGUUUCAAAGCUCGCAACUUUGAAGGCCAAACAAGCCAAUGCUCUCUUCUGGUCGCCCACAGGAAAGUACAUCAUUCUUGCUGGGUUAAAAGGUUUUAAUGGCCAGCUUGAAUUUUUCAACGUGGAUGAGCUCGAGACAAUGGCCACAGCUGAACACUUCAUGGCCACGGAUAUCGAAUGGGACCCAACUGGAAGGUACGUUGCAACCGCAGUGACAUCAGUCCACGAGAUGGAGAAUGGGUUCACCAUAUGGUCUUUCAACGGGAAUUUGGUUUACCGGAUACUGAAGGAUCAUUUCUUCCAGUUGGCUUGGCGUCCAAGACCGCCAUCAUUCUUAACUGCAGAGAAGGAAGAAGAGAUAGCAAAGAACCUGAAGAAGUACAGCAAGAAGUAUGAGGCAGAGGAUCAGGACGUAUCGUUGCUGUUGAGUGAACAAGACAGAGAGAAGAGGAGGGCAUUGAAGGAAGAAUGGGAGAAAUGGGUGAUGCAGUGGAAGUCUCUGCAUGAAGAGGAGAAACUCGCGAGGCAAAAUCUUCGGGAUGGUGAAGUUAGUGAUGUGGAAGAAGAUGAGUAUGAAGCCAAAGAAGUUGAGUUUGAGGAUCUUAUUGAUGUGACUGAGGAAAUCGUUCAAGAGUCGAUAUCCUUGUCUCACCACCAUCUCCGUUCGAUAGAUCCAACCAGAACCGCAUCGAUUUUCCAUUCACAAGCACUGAUGAUGGCUUGGAGGAGAGCUUCCAAAGCACUGAUUUUGUUUCUCGCUGUCCAGAUUUCACAUAUAACUCAAGGAGACAAUGGUCCCUCUCCUUUACCAGUUCGUGCAAGGCAAGCAAUAGAGUCUUGUCCAAAAGAAAACAUUGGUAACUUAAAAGAAAUGCUUAAAGAAGAAAACCUUCAUUUGCACACUGAGGAUUCAGAGCAAGGGAAAUUACCUUUACUUAUUUUAAGCUUGAAAGAGAGGACUAAAGAAAGAAGGCCAGCGAUUGUGUUUAUGCAUGGCACAAACACAAACAAAGAAUGGUUAAGACCAUGGCUUGAAGCAUAUGCUUCGCGGGGAUAUGUAGCCAUCGGUUUAGACUCUCGGUACCACGGUGAACGUGCUGAUUGCAAAACUGCUUAUCGAGAUGCUCUUAUAUCAUCUUGGAGAAAUGGAAACACAAUGCCUUUUAUCUUUGAUACUGUAUGGGAUUUGAUCAAACUAGCUGAAUAUCUUACUCAGAGGGAUGAUAUAGACCCGAAAAGGAUAGGAAUCACCGGAAUUUCGCUAGGAGGGAUGCAUGCUUGGUUUGCUGCUGCAGCUGAUACCCGCUAUUCCGUGGCUGUCCCUUUAAUCGGUGUUCAGGGAUUUAGAUGGGCAAUAGACAAUGAUGAGUGGGAAGCAAGAGUCAACAGUAUAAAACCUUUAUUUGAAGAAGCAAGGAUCGAUCUCGGAAAGAAUGUAAUCGACAAAGAACUAGUCGAGAAGGUGUGGAACAGAAUAGCUCCUGGCCUAGCUUCUAAGUUCGAUUCGCCUUACUCAUUACCAGUGAUUGCUCCGCGGCCUCUUUACAUCCUUAAUGGCGCAAAUGAUCCUCGAUGUCCUCUUGGCGGACUAGAAGUUCCGUUAAAGAGAGCUGAGAAGGCGUAUAAGGAAACUGCUUCUCCUGAAAACUUCAAGUUCAAAGCAGAAGAUGGAGUUGGGCACGAAGUGACGAGUUUCAUGAUCAAAGAAUCAUCAGACUGGUUUGACAAAUUCCUUAAACAAGAAGAUAUGACUUGCGAUUAAACUGAUUGUAAUAUUGGUAAAAUUGUGAACUAAUAAGAAGAAUCCUCUCCU